AUCAAGGGUUGUCAUUCAGGCGCUUGAUUGAAAACGACCGACUUGUAUCCGUUUCAAACAUUUUACUGGGUGGUGUGAAUAUAUAACACAGCGGCGUUCGAUGCAAAGUGAUCAACAUGGGAACUAGAGUAUAUAUUGGCCGUCUGUCCUACCAUGCUAGAGAAAAAGAUGUUGACAGAUUUUUCAAGGGCUAUGGCAGAAUCAGAGAUGUUAUGCUAAAAAAUGGCUACGGAUUUGUUGAAUUUGAAGACUACAGAGAUGCCGAUGAUGCAGUCUAUGAAUUAAAUGGAAAAGACUUGUGUGGUGAAAGAGUAAUAGUAGAGCAUGCAAGAGGAGAUCCAAGAAGUGGAGACUAUCGACGUGAUAGUGGACGUGACAGAGCCUUCAGCUUUCCUCCACGUCGCCGUGGAGGCAGAGAUAAACACCAGGCAGUGGUCAAGUACGGUCCCCCCAUCAGGACAGAAUAUCGCCUCAUUGUUGAAAACCUUUCCUCUAGAGUCAGUUGGCAGGACCUGAAAGACUACAUGAGACAGGCAGGAGAAGUCACAUAUGCAGAUGCCCACAAACAACACAAAAAUGAAGGUGUGGUCGAGUUUUCUCAAUAUGGAGACAUGAGGAAUGCCCUGGACAAGUUGGACAACACGGAAAUUAACGGCAGGAAGAUUAAGUUGGUGGAAGAUAAGCCGAGACGCAGCAGGAGAAGCCGAACAAGAAGUAGGUCAAGGUCACCAAGUAGAUCAAGAUCUAGGUCUCACAGCAGGUCAAGGUCAAGGAGCAGGAGUCGUCGUAGUCGCAGUCGUAGCAGGAGCAGCCGAAGAAGUCGCAGCAGGAGUAAACACAGCAAAUCCAGAUCUAGGUCCAGGUCUAGGUCCAAAUCAGAACCUCGCAAAUCUAUGUCGAGGUCAAAAUCAAGGUCAAAGUCUCCACUAGAAAAUGGAUCACAUGAACAAAAAGAAUGAAAAUAAGUGACAAUGGUGUGUUCAGGAAUGUGGAGGAGAGUGUAGUCGGACAUCUUGGUUCAACAGCUGCUAGACUUCUGUAGGGACUAAAAGACACUAUGCUAAUCAUGCCAUGCCCUAGCAUGUUCUCUUCAGCUGAUUUCUUAAUUAUGUUUUUAAUCAUCUCGUAUUUCAUAGACAUUCAUUUUGUUUUAGAUAUGCUUGACACUAUUUUUACAAUUGGCUACAUACAACGAUUGUGAUCAGGUCAGCAGCUGUUGUUGGAGACAACAGUUCUAUGUAUUCUUGUAUAAAACAUUGAUUCAGUGUGGAUGUUUGUAUGUGUCAUAAGGAAUGUAAAUUGUAACAUGUCGGAUGUAAUAAAUAUUUUUGUUUCAAUGUAA